AUGAAGCUCCUUUCAAUCUCCUGUCUCGGCCUCUUCGUGUCGCUAUCUACCUCCCUCAACCUUCUUAAUGGCGGCAACACUCGCGUGGGUGUCAUCCCAAACACUGUUGUAAUGGACGGGUCCCGCCUGGUUGAGAAUAAACAGCGCAUUCAAGCUGGUCACAUAUCAUAUAUAACCGCUCUUAAUCAUCUCAUCGCUCAAGCGGAUAGCUGGCUAGGCAAGGGUCCGUGGACUGUGACCAACAAGACGCAGGCGCCACCCAACGGCACGAUGCACGAUUACGCAUCCCAAGCGCCAUACUGGUUUCCUAGCAAUACUACUAACGGCUGUCCCUACGUACAACGAGACGGCGAACGCAACCCUGAAGUCGAUAAAUACCCCGAUCACAACGCGCGUGCGCAGAUGUUUAAUUCAAGCUAUAUACUGUCACUCGCAUGGUACUAUACAGGCGAAACCAGAUACGCCAAACAUGCCUCACUUAUUCUGCAGACCUGGUUCAUCGACCCCGCCACGGCUAUGACGCCUCACCUAAGCCACGCGCAGAUCAUUCCUUGCCGCAAUGACGGCCGCGCAAUCGGUAUCAUCGACUUCAGCAUGGAGUAUACCAACGUUCUGGAUGCAGCCGCUAUACUUGCCUCAACUAAUGCUCCAGGCUGGACGAAAGCAAGCCAGCGAGCAUUCAUGGACUGGAACAAGAAGUUUCUGAGACUGGCUAGUCAGCUCGGCAUUUGGCAAGGAAGAGGCUGGCCAAGAGAAUAA